AUGCCCUCUUCCUUAGAUCGUCUUGACAUCGCCGUGUGCGCGGCUGUGUUGGUUGCAAUCACCAUCAUUUAUCUGAACCAGCGGAGAAAUAGGUACCCUUAUCCCCCAGGUCCUAAAGGGCUUCCAAUCUUGGGGAACAUUCUCGAUAUCCCAGAGCAACGCCAAUGGAUAACUUACGCCAGAUGGGGGCGCGAAUCAGGCUCUCCAAUCAUCCGAUUGAACGUGCUGGGCACAACCAUCAUCGUUAUCAACGAUUUGAAAACGGCUGUAGACCUUUUUGAAAAACGGGGCGAUCUUUACUCGAACAGACCACGUAUGCCAAUGGUGAAUGAAGCGCUCGGCUUCGAUUGGGAUAUCGGUUUCACUGAGGACAUGGAACGCUGGAAGAUCUGCCGUCGGGAGUUCACCAUUCGAUUCCGUCAGAUCGCCUCUCGAAACUACAGAGAUCACGAGCUCGCUGUGACGCACGAACUCCUAAAUAAACUUUUGCUUUCUCCUAAUGACUUUAUGCGACACAUCCGCUACAUGGCUGGAAAACUUGUCCUGGAUAUUGCAUACGGGAUCAAGGCCAAGCCGGAAAACGACGAGUAUAUCGAGAUCGCUGAAAAGGGCCUAGAAGGUCUUGAGAAGUCUGGUGAUAAGAAUAUUAUCGACAUCCUUCCCUGGGUUCAGCACCUUCCUGGAUGGCUACCAGGAAUGGGGUGGAAGAGGCAGGUCGAUGAAUGCAGAAGAUGGUCAUUUGCCAUGCGUGACACUCCAUUCGAGUAUGUCAAGACACAAUUGGUCAAAGGACUUGCAAAACCGUCACUCACAACCGACCUGCUCGAAACCUUAGAAGGGAGGUUUCCCAAUCUGAAGACGAAGGAGUCCUACAUCAAGACCAUUGCUGGGACGGUAUACUCCGCUGGUUCAGACACCACGAUAUCUAUUCUCAACGCCCUAAUCCUUACAAUGGUCAUGUUCCCAGAUAUCCAGCAGCGUGCUCACGCAGAAAUCGACCUCGUCAUUGGUCCUGAUCGUCUCCCGGAGUUCUCAGAUGAAGGCGAAUUGCCAUACAUCACUGCCAUCAUCAAAGAACUUCUCCGCUGGAAUGUGAUCCAACCAUUUGCUCUUCCUCAUUCGACCGCAUCCGACGACAUAUACAAGGGAUACUACAUCCCGAAGGGUGCUACGGUCCUUGGAAACGCUUGGGCUAUCCUGAACGACCCUGUAGCUUACCCUGAACCGGAAGUAUUCAAUCCGGACAGAUUUUUGAUGUUGAACGGAAAGCUCGACCCAAACGUGCAAGAACCGGGAGUUGCAUUUGGCUUCGGCCGAAGGAUUUGUCCCGGUCGAUUUAUGGCCAUGGACUCGAUGUGGAUCACCACCGCGUGUAUUUUGGCUGCCUUCAAGAUUGGAAGAGCUGUGGGCCCGGACGGGAAGGAAAUCAUACCUUCUGGUGAAUUUCAGCCAGGGUUGGUCGUCCACCCAUUACCGUUCAAAUGCGACAUCAAGCCUCGCUCAGAGCAGGCCCUCACACUGAUUAGGGCAUCACAAGAGCGAUGGGCUUGA